UUCGCAUUUGGCGUGCUUUCAAAAAAAUCAGACACGGUUUUAUAAAUACAAUCCUCAUUAAAUGGCGGGGAUUUUAUUACAUACAGUACACACUAAAUCAACACUGGAGAUACACGCGUGGAAGUCUGUACGGAAUCAAUCAAUCGAAAAUUGAAGAACUGACACAUAUAGUUAUAAAAGUUGUAAGGCUCGCCGCUCACAAUUCACAACUACUACCUUCCCCGGUGCCGGAGUUUAAGCUAGCCUGUAUACUUUUUCUCUGUCCACUUCUUCUUCUUUUUUAUAUAUUAUUAUUUUAAUUUUUCAAUUACAAUUUAAUUAAUCAAUACCACCAAAUAAAGAGACUGCACCAAAGAAAGAGAGAGCUUUUUUUUUUUUUUUUUUUUGGAGAAUAUUCUGAAAAGCAAUAUUAGGGUAAGUAUGAUGUAAGAGUUUGUGGCCGUUGAUUUUGUCGAAACCGAAUUGAGAGACUAAAUUAGAAAGAAAGAAAGAAAGAAAAAAAUGUGGAGGCGAUGGUGGAGUAGUUGUGGUGGUCCACUGAAGCAAACCUUAUCGGCGAUUAAUCCGACGGGACUGAGAUCUACGAUUAUGGUAAGUAAUGGAUCUCCGGCCGCAGCGUCGUUUAUUUCAGUAUAUUUGAGGAGAGCACUGUGCGAUUCCGCCGCCGCCGUCGCCGCUGCUGCUGCUGAUAUUGGAGGAGGAAAAGCAGGAUGCGGUGGCUACUACAACAGCGACAGUGACGGCAACGGCAACACUAAAGAUAAAGAUAAAGAUAAAAAUAGUGCGAUGUCGUUCGCGGAGGCGAGGAGGCUGAUGAGAUUGGUGAACGUGGAAGCGUUGAAGAGAAAGCUCGGUUUGGAAGGCAAAGAGGUUAUCGAAUACUCCGAGCUCAUUCAAGCGUGCAAGAGCGUGGGCGUCGCUAGAUCGAAAGAAGAGGCCUCCGCUUUCGCUCAGGUUCUCGACGAAGCCGGCGUCAUUCUUCUCUUUCGCGACAAGGUCUACCUUCAUCCCGAUAAGGUGGUGGAUCUGAUCAUUAAAGCAGUGCCUCUUGCUCUGACCUCUGAAGAUGACCCUAUGAGGGAUGAGUUAAAGAGGCUGCAGGCGAAGAAGGAAGAAAUUGAUGUAAUGGCACAUAGGCAGGUCCGGCAAAUCCUCUGGUCUGGGUUGGGGAUGGCUGUGAUUCAGGUUGGGCUUUUCUUUCGGCUGACAUUCUGGGAAUUUUCAUGGGACGUAAUGGAACCCAUUGCAUUUUUCACCACCGCCACUGGCAUAGUCGUAGGUUAUGCCUACUUCUUGAUCACUUCAAGAGACCCUACUUACCAAGACUUUAUGCAGAGGCUUUUUAACUCAAGGCAGAGGAAGCUGUGUAAGAAGCUCAAUUUUGAUGUUGAAAGAUUCAAAGAGUUACAACAAAAGUGCAAAACACCUCUUGGUGCUUCUGCCUCAAUAAAAAAUCGGGUGGGCGUGGAAGUGGAACUAGAGGAUGCUUUACAGAGGGACUGAUUUUCUGUAGGGUGGACAUCUUUCAUUGGAGUUUUUUUCACUUCUAGCAACACUGGUCUCUCCUGUUUUAUUGGAUGUAGGGGCCCAAAGUCUUACCAAACUUCUUGUUUUGCUAGCUUUUUUCAGUUUUUAACACUUGCAUAUAUGCAGCUUCUCCAUUUACAAGUGAGAAUUGAGGCAAAUGUUUAUUCAUUCUCUGUUGAGUCUGGUGUAUACUUGACACUGUCAAUUCUUCUUCAAAUUCUGAAUCAGCCAUUCCAAUA